AUGGAGGAGAUUGGGGUGCGCUUCGUCGCAGCGCAGGCCGCGCAAGGCAUCGCAUACACGGAGGUUCGCUACUCUCCCCAUCUGCUGACUGGGGGUGACAUCUUCGGACCUGGACAGGUCGUUGACCCCGAGCCCGCCUUUGCUGCCGUCACGCGCGGCUUGCGCAAGGGCUGCAAGGCCCACGGUGUGGUUGUGAACCAGAUCAUUUGCUGCAUUUCCUUCCAGCCGGCCUGGUCCAUGCAGUGCGUGGAGAUGGCGGCCAAGCAUCGGAAGGACUUCCCCUGCGCAGUGGUCGGCCUCGAUGUGGCUGCCGGAGAGGUGGGCGAUGACCCCAAAGGCCACGAAGACGCUUUCGGCUUGGCCAAGGAGUUGGGCUUGAAGAUCACGGUGCACGCCGGCGAGGUGGGUGGUCCCGAAAAUGUCCGUCAUGCUGUUUUCGACUUCGGGGCACAUCGGGUCGGCCACGGCUUGCUGGCCUGA